UUUCUUGACAUGGUUAUUUGUAAACAAGCAUCAGGGCUCGGGCGUAUUAAAAAUAAAGGUGUACAAAGUACUUAAACACUCGAACUGCAAACAGUACACUCAUAUUCACGUACACCGUAUACGAGAGAUAGCAUAAGAAACAACAGCAAAAAUGGCAACUAGCAUAGCCUUGGUAACAGGCGCUGGAAGCGGUAUUGGUCGCGCGGUAUGUCGACGAUUCGCACAGGCUGGAAUUCAAGUAAUGGCUAUUGAUCGUAAUGGUGACGAGGCGAAGAGUACAGCGAGUGCACUGGAAGGCGCUGGCCACCAGGGCAUGUCUUGUGAUGUCGCGUCCCAAACGCAAGUCAACGAGACUGUGGAGAACAUCAUCAAAUCUAUGGGCAAAGACAUCCGCACCGUGUCCCUCAUAAACAGCGCUGGGAUCACUCGCGACAAAGGUUUCCUGAAGAUGACCGAGGAGGAAUGGGAUGCAGUCAAUGACGUCAACCUGAAGGGCACUUUCCUGACAACACAGGCUGUGUGUAGAGCAAUGGUGACAAAAGGACUGACCGGGUCCAUUGUGAACAUCUCGUCCAUUUCCGGCAAAGGUGGAAAUAUGGGACAGGCCAAUUACGCCGCAUCCAAAAGUGGAGUCGUUGGCUUCACCAAGACCGUCGCCAAGGAGUUGGGAAGCAAAAACAUUCGCUGCAAUGCCAUUAUGCCAGGCAUGAUUGAGACGCCCAUGAUCGCAACAAUUCCCGACAAGGUGCAAGCAAUGGUCAAGCAGAUGAUUCCGAUGGGCGAAAUCGGAAAGCCCGAGGAUAUCGCUAACGCCUGCUUCUUCUUAUCAUCCGAUCAAGCCAGGUACAUCACUGGCCAAACAAUUGAGGUUACAGGUGGACUUGGAAUGUAAGUAACACCAUGCUGGGCAGACAGAUACGUCGCAGCCACAGAUAUAUUCUGAUUCCAAUAGACAAUUAGGAAUUGUCAUUGAAUUUGAUCUAUUCUGCUUGGGCAAGGCCGCAGUGCAAAAGUUAGGAAAAUCGCUAUGAAGACUGACAUUGUACGAAUUAGACGAUAUAGAAAUGCACAUCCAUAAUAAAGAUCACUACAAUCAGCACAA